AUGGCUUCCCGUUACGAGGCGAUGUCCGGACAAGCUUGGCACGAAGAACUACAAAUUUUUCUUCCACAUGCACUGGAUUGUGUCGACCCUAACUGCCUUUUACCUCUCUGUGUUAACUUAAAACUAACUUUGCGGCACGCGCAAGGCUGUAAAAAGGUAGACAACUGUACAAUUUGUCAGGGGAUCAAGUCUCUCGCCUCAAGUCAUUCCAAUUCCUGUAGAGACUAUUACUGCCGUGUGCCAUUUUGCAUGGAAGCCAAAGUGACGGCACAACAACAGGUACUCAUGGAUGAAUUAGGGAAAGUGUUCGAUGCAGGACUGGACAGCCAAGAAGAUGGUGAAGCCAUUCAUCCUUCGCAAGAUACAAAAGAGGAAUGUAGACGAGAGGAAGCUUCCAGAAUGCACAGUGAUUCUCACUGCAUGGCAGUUAGAAACAGUGAAACAUCAGCACCGGUUGAACUCAACAAUGGACCCAGUGGGAACACUCCGGCCGCACAGGCGCCAUUGUCAGAGGCAAGUUACUUUCAACUUGCAACCGAAAAUUCAACUCAGUUCCCUGACUCAGUGGAGCCGAUCCUGCCAGAUUUGAGAAAACGUUCGUCAACCGUACAAAAACCAAAACACCCUCAGCCUGGCCUCCAUGAGAGUUUGCAUGGAAACUACAUCCCAACCUGUACGUUGAAACGGUUACCACCCAAAGCGGAUAUUUUUUCAGUUACGAACCAACCUCGACCAGCCCCUAAAAGGAAAUGCGAGGCCAUCUCCGUCUCUACUGGUGAAUCAGCUUCUCCACCGACUAAAGUUAUUCGAGGUGCCUCUACUGGUCUUAAAUCACAGCAAGAUGAUAGUCCUGAGAUCGAAAUAAUAGGAAUAAAAUCAUCUGGGCGACUAGCUAACCAACUUAAAGGAACGGCCCCGCCGAACGACACCAACCGUUGUAAGGAGAAGUCCAGCAAAGCCGUGUUCUCACCACGAGCACCUUUGAGGAUUGCCGCCAAGAAACAGGAUGAAAAAGCGGGCUCAAUGUCACACCAGUGCCACUUCACCAAAAGAAAUACCUUACCAAAGAAAGUCCCUUCUUUUAAGCCUACAGCAGGAGUGCAGUAUUCAAAAGUUUCUGCAAAGAGUCGGUUCACCUUCUCGGAUUCCUCUCAGACUGAUUUUCAUCAGGCCUGUCAGGAUGAAGGUAAAGUAAAUAAUGAUUUAGUGGAUGAUUUUCUCGAAGAGAUGUUCUCCACACCACCACCAUCUCCAACAUUUGAAAUGUGGCUGGGAGAGAACGCUGGAUCCAAAGAAAAUUCCUCAGCAUUGAAGGUUGUCCUCUUGGAAACGUUAUUUCAACUGUUCGGAGUUGUAACUCAACCCAAAACAGAGAAACAAGAAGCUGUGUUUGUUGAUUUGCUUGAACGGACUCUUGGCAUGAUGAAAACAGAGAUAGCAAAGUGGUGA